AUGGCUGGUGGCUUGUUUGCUGCUAAUCGGGAGUAUUUCUUCGAAGUUGGUGGCUACGAUGAGGAAAUGGAUAUUUGGGGUGGAGAGAAUCUCGAGAUAUCAUUCAGGGUAUGGAUGUGUGGUGGAUCGAUUGAAUUAAUACCUUGCUCACAUGUAGGCCAUAUCUUUCGUUCAGGCCAUCCAUAUGACAUGACAGGUCGAAACAACAACAAAGAUGUCCAUGGGACGAAUUCCAAAAGAUUGGCUGAAGUGUGGAUGGAUGAUUACAAACGACUUUUUUACGUUCACCGAAUGGGUUUGGUGAAUACGGAUGUUGGAGAUCUGACUGAACGAAAAAAGCUCCGGGAACGUCUACAAUGCAAAUCGUUCAAGUGGUUCCUCGAAAAUGUCAUUCCGCAAAAGUUUAUUCCCGAUGAGAAUGUGUUUGCAUAUGGCCAUGUGAGAACCGAACGUGAUCUUUGUUUGGAUACACUUCAACGGCUGGAAAACAAGGGCACUGUGAUUCUGGGUGUUUUCGUUUGUCAAUCAGAAGGCAGCUCUGCUCAGAUGUUUUCCAUAUCAAGACAACAUGAGCUCCGCAGAGAAUCGACAUGCGUAGAGGUUGGAGAACAGCUGCGACCAGGAGUUUAUUCCGUGAUCCUGCAAGAGUGCGUGGAUGAACAACCGAUUGAAUUUGAACAUGAACGGGGCGGUCGAAUCCGACAUAAAAAACGUGGACUCUGUUUGGACGUGGAGAACAUUUUAUCCGGCGGUGAUGUGACGUUGGCUCGCUGUGAAGAAGGCAAGGCAAGCCAACAAUGGACGUUCGAUAAGUACUUUCAGAUCGAUUGA